UUGACAAGAUGUCGACAAACUCAAAUCAUCUCUGCCAACGGGGAGACACAGUCUGUGAGAUUCGGGUGUAUGAGAAGGAGGUCAUCGUGGUGCCCAUCCUCCUGCUUGCCAGCUUCACGGUCACGCUGGUCUUCAUUUUGCUGCUCCACUUCUGCCCAGAGAAGGUGGACAAACUCCGACCCCGUUCCCAAAAGGCCAACACCAGGAGGAUGCUGCACGGCAUCGAUGCCCCACCAGGUAUCAAUGUACUCGAACAUGAAAGCAUUGCCUUGGACAUGCCCAACUCAUACUCCACCUUCCAGCCUGCGAACCCUUUUAUUACCAAAACCCUCUCCACGACCACAACCACCUACAAUCCUCCACACGACCCCCCAGAGCCCACCAAAAGCAGUUUUGGUCCCAUUGUCCAGCCUAGAGAGCUGCCCCGCCAGAGGCUGCCUGAAUCCUUCAACUUGGUGACCCCUCUGCCCACCACCUUCUCCCUGCGCCCUGACUCCUCUGUGUCCCUCUACAGGGCGCGCAUGGAAAACAGGAAUGUGGUCCUGCGGGUCCUGAAUGACUCGGCUGAUGCCACAGAGAGACACAGCUUCCUGGGCUUUGCAUCUUUCCUGUCCCAGCUGGGACCCCAUCCUUUCCUGCCAGAACUGCUGGGAGUGGUCUCGCUCCGAGCCCCUCUGGUCACGGUGGUGGAGGAGUUGGAGAACAGGGACCUGCUCAGCUACCUGUGGAGAUGCAGACAGAACAACGUGGAUCCUCCCUGUGAGAUGACAGAGAGAACUUUAUUCACCAUGGCCAAACAUGUGGCCUCCGCUCUGGAGUUUCUUCACAGCAAAGACCUCCUGCAUGGAAACAUCCGAGCCCGCAACGUUCUGGUCAGUAAGCAGCUGACAGCGAAGCUCUGGGGUCUGCACGGGGUCUACACCAGGAAGGACCAGAAGGCCACUCAGAAGGAAGAUCCCAGCAUGAAGAAGUGGCAGGCUCCAGAAAUGCUGGUCAAGAAACCUGCCACUCAGAGAAGUGAUGUCUGGUCGUUUGGUGUUUUACUGUAUGAAAUGGCCACUUUGGGUGAAGCUCCGUUUGCAGAAAUUUCAGUUAACGAGCUCCUGCAGUUCCACCAACGAGGAAAAAGUCUGAAAAAGCCCUCCAACUGUUCCAACGCUCUAUAUGCCCUCAUUAAAGCCUGCUGCCAGUGGAAGGAACAAGAUCGCCCCCUGCUGGCUGAAGUGAGCCAAAAACUUGUUUCGGGAGAAAAAAGUGCCUCAGACAGAGUCCUGAAAGCAUCCGGGCCCAUUAACGUGGAGCAGUACCUGCAGGAGGCGGGAUACGGAGAAACCAACAGCUACACUGUUUUCUGAUCCGUCCCUGUUUCUGCUGAAGAAGAAAUAUUUGCACUAUGGUCUGAAAACCUGACGAGGAGCUUUUACAAGAUGCAUUAAACGUGUUCCUAAAUUAUUUUAAGUAAUUCAAAGUUUAGAUUUUCACAGCUAAGAUGUAAAAUGACCUGAAAACAAUGUUCAUGUAUCUGUGUCAGCUGGAAAACUGAUUAUUUUAGGGUUCGUUUGGGAAAUUAAAACAUGUCGUCUUGGUGCACAGGCUCAAGAUCUUGUAAAACUGACUUGUGAACUUUUCACAUCAUCAACCUGAUGCUUAAACCAUCCACAUAUGAUGGUUUGCAAAUCUUGUAUAAAAAGAAGCCAAAUAAGUAAGAAAUUUACCAUGUAUGUUACCAAGAUAUUUGUAUUAAAUGAAGGAGCUAUCAUUGUGAUUUAAAGCUGGUUUGCUCUUAAAGAUCAGGUGGCUUGUAUUCCUAAGAUUAAGAAAUGAGCUGAAACUGUUUACAUAAUAUAUAAUAUAAUGUGAAUAAAAACAUGGAACUGCCA